AUGUUCACUACCUUUCCAGGCCCCUCUCCCACCGGAUCAUCCGGCAUGGCAUCAGGAGAAUCUACCGCGGGCUCCGUUCCUCCCGGCGUCCCGCUUCCGCCGCGGCCCCGGCAGAAACGGAGUCAAGUGACGCGCGCCUGCGAUUGGUGUCGCGUGCACAGAAUCAAGUGCGACAACAACCACCCGUGCCUCAACUGCCAGAAUCGGGGAGGCCAGUGCAGCAAUGAUCGCGCGAGCGAGGUCCGCACGUUGCCGCACGCGUUCCGUGAGAUAGAACGCCUGCGGCAGCGGAACCAAGAGCUGGAGAAGGAGCUUCGGGACGAGCGGGAUCGCGCCAAGAACCAAGCCGCAGUUGAGGCUGUGGUGCAAAACUCGCAGCUUCUGACACCCCCCAGCGUGGCAUUCCUGUCGCCUCCCGCCAGUGCGCCUCCGCUCGGCCCUGCGGCAGACGGCGGGGGAGGCGUCGGCGUCGCGAGCAAGAAGUACUGGGAGGGCAUCUACACCAGCACGGCUCGAUCCCCUGCCAAGACUUGGUACGGACCCGCGUCUCUGCUCUACUUCCUCAGCCGUCUCAACACCUUCCUCACCUCGACCCUACACCAGCAUCUACCCGAGGGGUACAUGCAGCCCAGCUCGGCCAGCAGAUUACUCGACGGGCCCAACGCCCCCGAGGACGGGCUAGCAGGCGAGCCGAACCGGGCCCAGCCCGGUGACCCGAUCAUGGCCAAGGAGUGUCUGACCCCUACGCAAGAAGAGUAUUUUCUCGAGUUUUAUUGGCAGUCAUACCAUACCUCCCUCCUCAUUCUCAGCGAGGACGAGUUUAAACAGCACUACAAAUCGCUAUGGGUGGGAGACAAAGAGAACCGCAAGCCGUCGCCGCUGGUAGACAUCCUCCUCGCGCUAUGCAUGCAGUACGGCAUGGCCCGGGGCCGGGGAAACAGUCAUCAGGCACCGUGGAAUGCCGAUGUCGACGCUAACGACGCCACUCUCGCCGGCCGGUGGCACUAUUGCCGGUGCCAGACCCUGUUAGCGAGCGAGUUAGAGAGUCCCACCCUGUCCACCGUCCAAUGCAGCAUACUAUCGGUGAUUUGGCUGUGCUGCGCUUCGUUUCAGAAUAUGGCCGACAGCACCUUGGCCCUCACCGCUAGGACGGCGCAGAUGCUCGGCCUCCAUCUGCCGCCGCCGGAGGAUAUGCCACGACAGGAGAAGGAGAUGCGGAUGCGGCUGUGGUGGUCUCUUUUUGUUCUCGAGACCAAGACGAGCAUGAAGCUCGGCCGGCCGUUCCUGCUCCAACGAUCGCAGGUAACCUGCGGCCUGCCCGGGGACGGGCACGAAGCUGCCACGCUCUCGGGGUCCAAUUUCGCUCCGCUGGGCGAUAGUACGACUUGGCUGAGUUGGAACCUGCACAACACGAAGCUCGUCCUCGCCGCCCGUACGGUCUAUGCCACAUUUUACGACAAGUAUCCGGAUCUCUUUGGCGAUGGCGAUUCCCAAACUAUAUACGAGGCACCGCUGGCCAUGGAGGCGUACGCUGAUUUCCUCACGACGCAGAUGAAGACCGUGGAGAACUGGGCGAAAGACGUGCCCGAAUCGUUAAAAACACGGCGCAAGGAUCACGGCGUACCCUUUUCAACGGACCUCUCGGCGCUGGACAUCGAGCAGUUCGCCCCUUUCUGGGUGCAGCGCCAACGCUUGCUCCUCGAGCUGCUGUACCACAACCUGUGUACGAACCUGUACCGGCCGUUCAUCUGCUUCCGACCCGAAGCGUCCUCGCCGGAAUCGCUGCCCUCCGCCGCGGAAUCUUGUGCGUACAAAUGCGUCAGCCACGCCACGGCUUUCACGCGCAUCAUGCGCCAGGUCAUGUCGACGACGGAUAUACUCGCGGGAUGGCACGAAGCCUUCCAGUGGCAGUGGAACUGCGCCAUGACCCUCGUCGGGUUUGUGCUCGCGUACCCGCGGUGCGAUCUGGCGCCAGCCGUGCGAGAUGCCAUUAACGCGUCCAUCGAGGUCUUAGGGAUCUUCGGCAAUAGCUUCGGGAUCGCCGCGAGCGCCGCGAGCCUGGUCCGGGGGCUCAACGUUACGGCCGACCACGUCGUAUCGCAGGCGGGGGACAGGACGCAGCUCGUCGACGAGGCGCCGAAGGUCGAGGCUGGGAACGACUCCUCGUCGUCCAUGGCGGUGAUGACAGAGGGCGACCAGACCGGGAUGCCGGCAGGGCCGGGCAGCGCCAUGCUUCCCGAGUUCGAUGAGGAAACGAUCGCUGCGAUGCAGGGCAUCUUGGAAGGGUCGAUGGACAUGACGUUCGCCGUGGACGGUUAUAGCAGCGCGAAUAUUCUGUGGCCGAGCUUGGAUAUGCUAGGGAAAUAG